AAAGUGCCAGGAUUGCAGGUGUGAGCCACUGUGCCCAGCCUCCAGUAACAUUUUAAAUAAUAAUUGAAAUCGUGACUAGUAACACAUAUAUACUGUUGUCAUCAGGGAAGGCACCAUCAGGGUGCUGAUAAAUAGAAACAUGUCAUGUACAGAGAGGGCAUUGAGAAAUCUGCACAACUCUCAUAUAGCAUAUAAUUUCUCAAAUAUUUAGAUAAAUAAUAAUAUUUUACCAAUAUAGAUUUAACCUAGAGAAGGCUGAGCAUCUCUUCUGACUUGACAAUUAUUUCUAAGCAAUUGAUCGAUAUUAACAUAUUAAACAAAUCUAAUUAUUUCUAGCACCUCUCUUUUUAAAAGAUGAAAGAACAAAUCUUUGUGGUUUUCCAGGAGCCCUCCCUCUUUUUAAAUUAAAUAUUCAAACUCAUCAAGAUUUUGCCAACUUUGGCAAAAUUUUAAUACAUUUAAUUGCUUAUUUUCAGACUUAUUGUUUGCAUGUAAUAUAAUCUAAGACAAAUCAAAUUUUCUUUCUACAGACCUACAAAUUUAUCCAUUCAGAUUUGAGCUUCACUGUUCUCUUUCUUAUUCUGGAACAACCAGUCAUUUUUCUUAUGUGUAAUAUUUUUCCUUUUAAUAAACAAAAACAGGUUUCAAUACGAUGUAUACAAAGUCAUACUUCUCUGCCACUAUUGCACCUAGUAGAGUCUCAUUCAAGUAUAUUGGUUAUAUCUUUUAACCAAAGUAACUAACAUUUCAGAGAGAAUGGGGAGUGGGGAGGGUGGAUCAUCAUAAACCAUCUAGAACACACUAGCAUUCUAGAAGGGUUCAGUAAUACGCAUAACAUGACUUUCUCUAGCCUCCGGCACUCUUCACUUUCACACUUCUCAAGGUGUGAAUUCAGCUACUGUGUUCCCCAACAUCUCUGGGAUUUAAGACAGACCUGGGUUGAAAUCCUUUCACCACUGUGAGCCUUGACUUUGCUGAGCCCCAGUUUCCUCAUCAGUAAAAGUCAGAUGGGUUCUUGAGGAUAAAUGCGAUAAUAUAAGGAAAUAUUCUUGACGUCUUGUGGCUGAUUGAGGGUACUCAGUAGGUAUCCUUUUACUUCCUUCCAGAUAAGUUUAGGUUUGGAUUCCUAUCAAACACUAAAUGUCACGUAGUUCUUCUGUAGGUCCAUUAUUAUGCUGAGCUCUGAGGCCUGCAAAGACAGUCAAGACAGGGUUCUACCUUCUUGGAACUAAGAAUCAAGCCGGAGAGAGGGUGUGUACACAUAGUCAGCAAUUUUGGAAGGCCCUGCUCUGCUUAUUGAGUGCCAAAGGAUGACAUUUCCCAUGUGCCAUGUCAUUCAGAGGACCAGCAAGGGGAGUGCAGAAGUCGGUUGGGGAGAUUUUGAAGAAAACCGACUUGUUGAGCAUUUAACACAUAAAAGGUUAGAUAUUAUGUGUACACAUUGCCUGGCAUACAGGAAGCAUGGAAUACGUGGCGGCUUUUACUAUCAUUAUUAGUGAUGAUGAUGUUAUUAUUACAGAUACAUAUUAACCCAACUCACCUUUCCUGUGCUAAACAAAAUACAGUCCAGGGUGGAGACAAAUAAAAAUAAAGACUUAUAGUCUGAAAAUGAGAAAUCAAGUCUCUGUCACAUUUAACUGCUUUCACAUGUCCCCCAUUUAAGAAGUGAAGAAGACAGAACAGGAAGCUGAAAGUGGAUUGGCCCUGGGCCUUGGACUUCUCCUCUGUAAAAUGAGGGUAAUAAUAAUACCUGUAUCACACGAGUGUUUUGAGGUUGAAAUGAGGUACUAUGUGUAAGGUACUUAGGUCAGUGCCAGGCUGAUGUGAAGCACUGAGUAAACACUAAUGAUUGACUAUAUUCUAUUUGCUUUUCCUACUACUUUGUGCCAGGCAUUGUUUAUUUGUAAUUCUUGUGGAACUGCAAGGUGAAUGUUAGCUUCCCUGUGGAACAUAUGAGUAUAAUGAGGCACAGAGCAGUUAUGUAAGCCUGUCCAGCGCCACACAGCUGAUAAAUGACUGAGCUGGAGUUGGAAUCAAGAUUAGUCUGACUCGUAAGCCCAUGGUCUUUCCACUGCCUUCCUAAUGAUAGCGUUGGGUGGGGAAAAGAUUACAUGGCCAUUUGGCCUUGGACAAAUCACUUAACAUCUCCAAUAAGGCUCAAUUUCCUUAUCUAUGAAAUGGAAAUAAUGAUGUACCUAUAUCACAGGGUUUUGGUGAAGUUAAAUGAGAAACUGCUUACAGCACUUAGCCCAGUGUCUAGCAUACUUGGUAUUGGCUAGGUGCUUAUAUAUUUCUGUGAAGGGAGAGAUUCAUCUCCAUUAGGAGAAGGAAGUCUUUGACUUGGAUGUGGAGGUGUUCUGAGCAGAGGUCACAGAGCCGGCAAAGGCCUGCAAGUGGAGACAUGGCCCGUCCCCUGUCUAUGAAGUAGUAACAUGUAGCUCCAGCUGGCAGGAACAAAGGGCGCCCCUGGACAGGAGGCUGGGAGUCAUAUGGCGCCAGGUGUGUGGAAACAGCUGCAGACAUCCAAGCAAGAGUCAGAGACGGUGGAGUUUCUGCCCAGGAAGAUGUUGCUGUCCUCUUCCUGUUAGGCCUUCCUUGUCAGGAUGAUGAUGAGUGGCUUGUCCAUGGCAUUUCAGAGCCACAGAGCACCGGAGGUUCCCCAGCCCGUAGCCUGGCUGGUUCCUGCCUUUUGUGCCAGUGUCUGUGCGGGUGUGUCUGGGAGCGCCUGGCAGCAUGGGAAAUGACUGCAGCUGGUCCUUAUGGGGCUGGGCCCAUUUCCUGGGGCCCUCUGAGGGGACAGCCCAGAACGUGCAUAAGAAAAGCCUGUGGGAGGAAAUACCAGGGUGACCACAGCUGGAUGAGCAGGAAUGGGCAGGAGGGCGAAUUGGGCAGGCAGGAAGAGCAGGAGCUGUGAGCUCCCCACACCUCGAUCUUCCCCUGUGAGCUGGAAAAGGCCACAGCUGAGCUAGGAUGGAUGGUUCUGCCCUAUGGAGUUAGCUAAGGGCUUUCACUGCCGGUACCUGGUGCCCACCCUGAGGAGGACGCAGGAGAAGGACAUUCAAACGCAUACCGAGAGAUAACCUGUGUGCCAGACACUUUCACAUCCAGGAUAUCUCAUUUAAUCUUUAUAACACUCUCGUUCAGCAGGAGUGUAUGAUCUUAUUUAAAGGAAGAUCAAACUGAGGCUUAGAGACGUACAACAACUUGCCCAACGUCACGUGAAGUGGCAGAACCAGAAAUAAGGACUCAGCCAAUUUUGCUUGAAGUCUGAGGUCCGUUUCCUUGUUCUGUGGGCUAGCUCUCUCAUAUCUUACUUUCCUGCUGACUGCAAAGAGGUGCAUGGUAAGGGCAGCAGAAAGGGCUGCUUAAAAUGAGCUUUGAUGGGAAGAGGCUGCUUGGAAUAGGAAAUGAGGGCUCCUGGGGAGAACCUGGAGGCUCAGCCCGUGAUCCCUACUCCGGCCCCCCAGAAGGGGCAUGUGAGCCUGUGGAGGUCCCAUCCCCCACCCCUCGUGACAGCAGCUUCUCCCCCAGCUGCUUUUUGGGCUUCCUCUUCCACCCUGCUGUUUCCUCUUUCCCUCCCUACAGUGGACUGGCGUGCACCUCACUGGCCUGGGGUGGGGCUAUCUGACUCAGGCCCUGUGGGCUGGUCUAGAAGGUAGCAGCAAGGUUUCGAAAUAGUCUGUAUGGUUGGCCAAGGCCUUGUUUUUUCCAGUCAAGUUUCUGUAUCAACUGAGAGCUGGGGUCGGAGUUGACAGUCCCAAAGUAACAGCAGAAUUGAGGACAGACACCAGGCGUAGAGUCCCUGAGGCCCAGGACGUCCUAUCUGAGUCACUAACAGACACAGACACUAAGUUGGUGUGUGUUGGGGUGGGGAAGGGGGUGGGGGGGCAGUGUCACUACUCUCCUGUUGGCUUUUGGCUCAGGUCUUGUCCCCUGGACCCUUCCUGCUCAGGAGAAGGAAGGCCAUCCUCCUACACCUCUAAGCAGGACUGCAGCUCUGCCAUCAUCAACAUGCUUCCAUCAGUGCUAUUUACACAACCUUUCUUCAGAAGAGACACCAAGUUAAAACCUGUUGGCUGCCUCUUCUGAGCUCCACCAACACUCCCACCCUCCCCGUUAUUCCGGCUGCUGAUCGGAGCCCCUGCUGCAGCGUGAAGCCUGUCUUCAUUCUGCCUGACCAUUCAGGGUCCCCUACUCAGCUUUCUUCCCAAAGCAAAACCAUCUGUCCUAUAUUUUCCUCUUUCCUAAAACAGAUUGUCAUCUGAGCCACCAAUCUCUUCUCAAACGUCCUGAGUUCCUCGUGGCUCCUGGCCAAUGGCUUCUUUCUCUGGGAAGGCUCUCGGGGCAAGCUCUGAGUCAACUUGAUCUCUCUGAGCAUGCGCCCACGUCUCAGCUGGAGGAAGGACAGCAAACAGAGGGUUCCCUGAGGGGCUGGCUGCUGCCCUGGGAGAGCUUUGCGCCUCCCAGAGGGAGCCUUGUCCUGUCUUGCAUGCUAAAGGCCUGGCUCAGGGCUCUGCCCCUGUGGUAUCUGUUCCUGGCUGGCUUUUUCCUAGCAGGAUAUCUCCCAGUGCUGGUGGAGGGCUUGGCGGGGGGAGGUGGGCACUCUCGCCAUUGACCCCAGCCAGGUUCUUACUGUACCCAGCCCUCUAUCCUUUUCAGAUCUGCUUAGUCUCAGAACAGUCACAUCCGAGAAGAGGCCACUGAGUCCAUUUUCUCAGGACAAGUGCCAAAGUCACCUGUAGCCACAGCCAGCCCAGCCUGGAAUGGGGGAGUGGCUAGGGAGCCACUGGGGAACAGGGGCUGUUUCUGACAUCCCGGGAGCAGCGUCCCUCUGCUGGGCUGUUUCUUGGUUUUUGCUGUUGCAGUGGUGGUGGCAGUUGGUCUUUUGGGGGUUUUGUUUGUUUGUUUCUAAUCUGUUGCUGCUUUGGGAGAUGCCAUUUCUUGAUUUUUACCCCAGAAGCAUUCCUAGUGCAAAGUCUCAACGAGGUCAAUAAAGUUAUUAUCGGGCUUCUUCGAAAGAGUAGAUUGGACUGUCAGCUAAUAGUUAAGAGAUAGCUAGUCGACCUCUCUAUCUAACUUGGUUAUUCAGUAACCAGUAUCCGGUGGGGGGAGGUGGGUUCUGAGAAGUGCCACCUCUUGCUAACAAAGUCUUUGAGGGCCAUCAGACAGCCACCCCAUCUGGAGCAGCCGGGGAUCUUCCCCUCCAUCCUUUGAUCAUUGGCCUACUUGCCCAGCCCGGCCCAGCCCCUGGGCUGCCAUCCUCCCUGUCACAGCCACCCUGGGGCCAGCUAGGCAAGGCCUGGCUGUUCAUAUUCUGUGCCCUGCUUCUUUUCUGGGACCUCUUGACUCAUGAGGGAAGGACUGGUGACAGGAGAAGUGAAACCUGCGGGUUCUAAAUGCAGGAGCGCGUCAGCUGCCUUCCUGAAGCUAGUGUGAGCUUGGCAGUCUUGGCCUCCGUCUAGCCUAGCCCUUAGCCUGACCGAAGUUCCCAGUCUCCUGUGGACCAUGGCACCUUGAUCUUUCUCUUAGGAAGAGAAAGGGGAAUGGAUAGAGCACCAGACUCGGAGGAGGCCCAGCUCCAACUAUGCCAUGCCCAGCGAGUGGUGUGACUUUGAGCUCGUCCCUCCAUCCCUCUGGAGGCCAGGAAGGAAGUCCCAGAAGUGGCCAGUGCCAGGCCUAGUGUCACACAACACAGCUGAGGACCCCCUGCAGCCCCAAGACUCAUGACUCUCCUGCUACCUUGGGUGUGUCAGGUUUUCUACCGGCAGGAUCAUGGGGGACUCCAGGUGGUGGAUUUCAGGGAGUUGGGGUCAGAGCUGACAGGGAUAUCAGGCCACCACCUGGAGGAGGGCAGGGCUGGAAUCUUGGAACCUACCAGGUCAGGAUGCAAGUGGGGACCCCUGCUGACAUUCCUGUCUGCCCAGGGGAGCAGGUGGGAGGGCCCCGGGGCUGGAGUCUCCCCUAUGUCCCACUGUAGGCUCCCCAAGAAGCCCUAGAGCCCGCCACAGGCAAGGCCAGAGCUCUAGGAGCCAGAGAGUCCGUAUGUUCAUCUAGACCCAGCUAUGCACAGUGGGAGGUGGGGUGGAGGGUCCCAGGCUGGCAGCCACAUCUCUGCCUUCCAGGUAAAUCCAGGGCCUAGAACCUCCACUUCCCAGGAGAGUUUGGUUCAGCCCCUGACCCCACUUGGCUCCCCUAACAGAGCAAUGUGGGCCGCCUCCACCCCUCCAGCCCUUCUUCCUCAUCUGAAAAUUGGAAGCACACUAGCUGUCAUCUAAGCGCUUGCUGGGCAUCAGGAGCAAUUUCAGACUGGUUAGGUGCAUCUCACUAACCCAUCAGUAGUUCUGAGAAAGGUGACAGACUCUGCUUUUCCGAUGAGUAAAAAGAUGUAAGGAGUGAAACCAGCUUUUGCCUGAUUCCCAAGUCCUUACUCUUUUCUCUUAUAGACAUCCACCACCUGGGGUCCCCUGUGAUGCUGCCAUGUGCCUGGGAGUGGCUGGCAGGAUGAAAAAGGCCCAGGGAACUGGCCUUGAGCCUUAGUGAGGAAGCCUGUCCGCGCUUCCUACCAAAACCUACAGGGCGCAGCCCUGGGUCUUCACCUGGCUUAGGCUGGCUGGGGUUCAGAGCCGCUGACCUGGGAACUCCCGCUCUCUUCAGUGGCUUCCCAUCACCUCCACAGAUAGCCUAAAUGCCACAGCUUGGCAUCUGAGGCCCUGCGCCAUGCCACCUGAGGCCCCUGCCCUUCCCAGCCACCUCUGCUCCUCUGCUUGACUUAGUUUCACCCUUCAGAUAUCCCCACCGAGACAGAGUUCCCCAAACAGGUAGUGUCAUUUCACACCUCCAUGCCUUCGUGCACGCUGCUUCAUGUCCCUGGCAGUCCUCCCUGCCCCAGCUGUGCUUGGCUUGGCCUCGUCCUGCUUGUUUUUGAAGCCUCAGCUCCAGGAAUCCUUUCCCGACACUGCUCUCUCCUUCUGGCUCGGAGUCUCUCCUCUGUGCCAUCUAGGGCUCUCUCUUAUAGUGUCAUCACACCAGGUCUAACUGUUUCCCGGCUGACCUGUGCGCCCAGGCAGGUGGAGAUCCCGCUCAUAGAUUCUCUUGCUAGUGCUGGAUUGUAGCAUGGUGCCUGGUGCAGGAUGGGCACAGGGAUGCAUGGGAGAGCAGCCUCGCUUCGGCCAAAGAGAAUCAAGAUGUUAGAAAUGGGCACAGCUCCUCCUACUGAGGUUGGCAGGGACAGGACUCCAGACAAAAGGGCCAUGGGGCAAAUAAGGAAGAACACCUGGGGCCACAGGCAGCGGAGUCAGGGAGGGCAGGCUGGAGCUGACACAGUGCAGCGGGGGGAGUGGGGUGGGAGGGGAAGGGGUGCUAGCAGCAGGCUGUGCCUCCGGGCCCCCAUUGGCUCUGACCAGCCCUGGGAGGGCUCAGCAUGAGUGUGGAGGUGCAGUCUGGCUUCCUAGUCAACACCAGGCUACGUAGCCAGCAAGGGCUUCACUGCGGAGCCUGUGAUGAAAGAACAGUCGUAGCUGGGGCCCCGAGGCCCCCAGGGAUCUUUCAGACACUGAGAGGAUCUGAUUUGUCACCAUGGUCAGUGGUCAAACAUCUUGGCAAAGGCCCUGGCACGUCCAUGUGGUCAUGAAGGCUGGUCCCACUGACUGGGGGGCCUCAGCGGCAGUAUAACCAGGGACCUGGGGACUGGGGGAGAGUCAUGCUGUGUUCUCUUGUGGGACAGACAGGGUUGAUGCUAGCAGCCAUGUGUAACUGAUGAGGAAACCAGAGGCAAAAAAAAAGGCUUAGGGAUUCCCGGGAGGCUACACAGGCAAUUAGUGAGAGGUGCCACGCAAAGCUUCCUGCCUCCCCCUGAACCAGGCGCAUCCCAGGCAGGGCUUGGUGGGUGCUAUCUGUAGGGCUGCAGGGUUCUUCCAUCCCUUGCUCUUUACAGAAGGCCAGCUGGACAACCUCUUCAAAGUCUCUCAGAGGAUUUCCCUCAGAUUCUAGAAGUCCCUGAACUAAGAGUCAUGAGCCGUAUGGCAAUGGGUGGAACCUGGAAAACAUUGUUGCCACAAGCUUGCCCAUGUCAGUCACUGUGACAGGCACUUGGAGUAGCCCCAGCUUCCCUAGACAACCUGAGUCCCUAGAGGACCUCUCUGACCCACAUGUGCGCCUUUGGGAACCGGUGGUCAGAGAGGCUGGGGUGUGGAGCCGCCUGGAUUCCAGACUACACUGUUGCACCUUCAUGCCGGAUGGGAUGGAAAGGCACUGACAGCAUUUUAGCAGAGCUGUGGAGGGGCAGGAGCAACUUCAGUCUCUCAAGAAGACAGACUGUGGGGACUCAGGUAGGAAGCUCAAUCCAGGGGCAAGGUGAGAAGGAGCCUUGUAGCCCAAGCCCAUUCAGGCUUCGCGGAAAUGCCCCUUUAUUUCCCAAGUGGUAGUGGGUGUUGCUUCAUGCCACAUUUGGGGGAAGUGGGUUUGAAGGAGGAUUCUUAGGCAGAGGGAGCAUCCAGUGUCCCCCCCUUGGGCUCUCAGAGCCAGGACAGAAAGAGCUUCAGGAGCCCUCCCACCCUUUUUCCUGACCUUUCUCCAUGAAGUCUUCGGUGAGCCCUGGGUCUCGCCUAACUCCUGGCCCCUUCUCCUGGACUGGGGCUCCAUUCUGAGGCCUAUUUUCCAUGCAUGUCCUGGCUCCUGGCUGUGGCAAGGAAGCAGACAGUGACUCAGCAGGGCUCUGGGGUCCUUCCCCAGGCCUCAGGCUCGGGGAGCAGCCAGGGCACAGUGGAAAUGCUGAGUGCCACCCAACUGGACUGUUCUUUCCAUCCUGGGCCAGGGCAUGGGAUGAGACGUGAGGAGUGGGAGACAGCACAUGUGUGUGAGUCACAGAUGGAAAGAAUGGGCUCUAUCCAGUGGGAUGGACAGACUGAGACUAAGAAGGCGGCUUGGGUCUGUCACCGGCUGUCCCACUGCCACCUCUUUUCCAACUACCACCUGGCUGAAGGAGGUGCUGUGUUUGCCCUGGUGGAAGCUUCAGAGGAGUGUCGACCUCAUUUUAAAAGCAGACACUUCUCCUGACUGACUCAGUCUCCUUCCAACCGCCAAUCAUUUCAGACAUGUGAAAACCACUCGAGCUCCCUGCCCCCACCUCUGCUGCACACACGCACACACACAGGCGCCCUGACCUCAGGGAGGCCGACGAAAAGCAGAGGUGCUGCCAGCUGGUCAGAGCAGGCAGAGGUGCUUCCCGUGGGCUGGGGCUGAGCCAGCUCCAACAGAGGCCUCAGGAGUUGGGACCAGGGAGACAGGUCCCCUGAGCACCCUGGCCUCUGGGCAUUUUUUCCCAGCCUCCCCUUGGCCUCUGCACCAAGAAGGAAAGAGCUGGUAGUGCCCAGGCCCUGGGACUGCCAGAGGGGACACGGGUCGGGGAUGCCGGCCCAGAACUUCCAGCCGGGGCUGACUUCCCACUAACACAGAUGCCGUCCCUUCCUGCAGGUUUCGAGGCUCCAUCCUGUUGCUGACCUUCCUCAUUUACACCUGCUAUCACAUGUCCAGGAAGCCCAUCAGUGUCGUCAAAGUGAGGCUGGCUGGCAGCAAGGAGGAGUGCAGAAGCAUACUGUCAUAACCGUCCUUACCCCUUCCCAUGGCCACCGAGGCUCCUUUUGAGUUUAUUCCCCAAGACAGUUGUGUGGGUGGCUGUAGAUGGAAUAAGCGUGCAGGGCCCCUGGGCUGUGUGGAUGCUGCUCAUGGCUCUGAUGUGGCCGCUUUCCCCUGCAGCCAGUUCCUGCAGGAGGAGGUGCCAGUAGGGGGACAUGGAAUCUGGUUAGGAGGCAGUGUCUCUGGUAUGGUUGGGGCAGGUGGUUGCUUGCUCCCCUCUGGGUCAACCCCUGACCUGUGUGCCCCAUUGCCUCUCCAGAGCCGUCUGCACCAGAACUGCUCGGAGCAGAUCAAACCCAUCAAUGAUACUCACAGUCUCAAUGACACCAUGUGGUGCAGCUGGGCCCCAUUUGACAAGGACAACUACAAGGAGUUACUGGCGGGCGUGGACAACGCCUUCCUCGUCGCCUAUGCCAUUGGCAUGUUCAUCAGUGGGGUCUUCGGGGAGCGGCUUCCGCUCCGUUACUACCUCUCAGCUGGAAUGCUGCUCAGUGGCCUUUUCACCUCACUCUUUGGCCUGGGAUAUUUCUGGAACAUCCACGAGCUCUGGUACUUUGUGGUCAUCCAGGUCUGUAAUGGACUCGUCCAGACCACAGGCUGGCCUUCUGUGGUGACCUGCGUUGGCAACUGGUUCGGGAAGGGGAAGCGGGGGUUCAUCAUGGGCAUCUGGAAUUCCCACACAUCUGUGGGCAACAUCCUGGGCUCCCUGAUCGCCGGCAUCUGGGUGAAUGGGCAGUGGGGCCUGUCGUUCGUCGUGCCUGGCAUCAUUACCGCCAUCAUGGGCGUCAUCACCUUCCUCUUCCUCAUCGAACACCCAGAAGAUGUGGACUGCUCCCCUCCUCAGCACCAUGGUGAGCCAGCUGAGAACCAGGACAACCCUGAGGACCCUGGGAACAGUCCCUGCUCUAUCAGAGACAGCGGCCUCGAGACUGUGGCCAAAACCUCCAAGGGGCCGUGCGAAGAGCCUGCUGCCAUCAACUUCUUUGGGGCGCUCCGGAUCCCAGGCGUGGUUGAGUUCUCUCUGUGUCUGCUGUUUGCCAAGCUGGUCAGUUACACCUUCCUCUACUGGCUGCCCCUCUACAUCUUCAAUGUGGCUCACUUUAGUGCCAAGGAGGCUGGGGACCUGUCUACACUCUUUGAUGUCGGUGGCAUCAUAGGCGGCAUCAUGGCAGGGCUCAUCUCUGACUACACCAAUGGCAGGGCCACCACUUGCUGCGUCAUGCUCAUCUUGGCUGCCCCCAUGAUGUUCCUGUACAACUACAUUGGCCAGGACGGGAUUACCAGCUCCAUAGUGAUGCUGAUCAUCUGCGGGGGCCUGGUCAACGGCCCAUACGCGCUCAUCACCACUGCUGUCUCUGCUGACCUGGGCACUCACAAGAGCCUGAAGGGCAACGCCAAAGCCCUGUCCACAGUCACGGCCAUCAUCGACGGCACCGGCUCCAUAGGCGCAGCUCUGGGGCCUCUGCUGGCUGGUCUCAUCUCCCCCACGGGCUGGAACAACGUCUUCUACAUGCUCAUCUCUGCCGACGUCCUAGCCUGCUUGCUCCUCUGUCGGUUAGUGUACAAAGAGAUCUUGGCCUGGAAGGUGUCCCUGAGCAGAGGCAGCGGCUCUAGUGUGGUCCUAACCCACCAGCGAUAGUAUUUCCCUCAAGUCCCAUGACUUUUGUAUAAAGAAAUAUGAGGCCCCAGUUGGAAGAGCAGCAUGGAAGGCCCCAAUUGGGUCCCCAGUGUGCUCCCCAUGGGCAAGACAAUGAAAACUUCCACAAGUAAGGGAGGCAACAACCCCUCUUAACUGAACAUCAGCCAGCCCAGUCCAGACCCAGGGCUGCCUAAGGACACAGAGAUUCUCCAUGGGAAGGGGACUGCCAAGCAUGAGGAAGUAGAAGAUUCAGGGGCCUGAGCUCUGGAAGCUACAAGCAAAGGGCAUGGGACUGGGGCUGAGUUGUGUCUCCAUUUUGAUAAGGGAAGGAUAUGCUCAGACUCUUGCUUGUUCAGAUUCCAAGACAGAAGGCUUCACAAGGCCAAGGCCUGGAAAAUGUGCAUCUCUCCUUCCCAUGUUAAAUUUUAAUCUCUGUAAUCUGCCUGUAUCUGUAGGUGGGCAUCUCACUCCGUCAAAGGAGCCCAGCCUCUCUUUGUCCCUCUAUCCAUGAAACAGUCUUCUCUGUGCAUUUCCCCAAGCUGGGCCCUCUUCUACCCUCCAUUUAGGCCUGUUGAUAGCUCCCUUACCUGCCCAUCACUGCUUUCUCCAGGGCCAACACUCGGGCGAGGCAGGGGAGCUGCCUUCAGUACAUAAUUUGAGGGGGCACUCCCUCUUGGGCACAGGCCGACCCUGAGUGCCUCCCUUGCCUCACUCUGAUCCUGGUCCCGUAAUGUCCUCAGUGGAAAGUGACUGGGGGCCAGUGCUGUGGGGAGAGUAGAAAGAGGAGUUGGCAUGACUAAAAAUACCAGUAUGUGUAUUAAGUAUUUUGAGAAUGAAAUGCCAAGGAGUGCCUACUGUAUGCCAGCUCUGCUCUAGGAAUGGAGUAGACAAUGGACACAAGAAGGACUUACGCCCUGAGCACAAGUGCCAGCGGUGACAAGACUGGCAAGAUGUGAGGGCAUGCAUGGUUCAUUCAGGCAGUUGCUGCAGGUGUGGUCGCCUGGCGCCAUCUGCCGCUCCCUUUUCCACUUUUCUGUAUCCUCCUUCCACCCCAAGUCCUGGAUCACUCAGUCUUCUGGCUAGCUCUUGACACCUCCAUCUGACCCUAAAGUUGCCCAUUGGCACCAAUAGAUUCCCUUUGACCUGCUGCACCCAUGCUCAUCCUUGUUGGGGCUUAGCUCAGUAGGGAGCGGGGCUCGCGUGGGCUGCUGAAGUGGGGUCCCAGGACCACCAGGGGGGCAGGUUAAAGCUGCUGACAGUGGGCAUUCCUGAGGGGAUGCUCAGGACACUGAUGAUGUGUGGGCAGACUGGGAGCUUAGAGCGCCAUACAAGAUACAAGCCUUGCAUUUCCUGGGAUGUGGUGGCUGGUGCAUUAGCCAGAUACACACCCUUCCACGCUGAAGCGGGCUGCACAGGCGCAGUGGCGACCAACAGGGAAGGCUCCUCCUGCCUGCAGUCACUUCAGCUCUGAGCGUAAGAGUCAGCCAGGGACCUCCAAGUCCUCAGAGCCCACAGGGGCAAGAGCUAUCCUCUGGCCUUAUGUUCAGCAUUUGCGAAAGCUGCUCUCCGCUGCUCUUUGACAUUGAGAAUGAAAUGAAAUUAGUUAUUCAUUUAAUUUAACUUCACAUUUGGUCUCAAUUAAGCUUAAAAUGUUCUUCCUUAUAGAUGCUCCAAUAGCACUUGUAAUUAAGGAGCUUAAGGAGAAGCUGUGUUGCUUACAUGAGCCACUAGAUGGUGACCCAAUCCCAUCAUCCAGCCCAGGGUGGGCUGUGGUUCCAUCCUGCUUCCCAGAAGAGAGACAGGAGCAGGCGCCUCUUGACUUUUCAGACUUUCAACUUGCUUUCUUCUUCAGAGGGCAGGGGAAGAGGAAUGGGUCUCUCGAGGUCUUCUCUUCGCCAGCUGCACUGCUUACUAACUUUAAGCCUGUUUCGUCAUCAGGAAAAUGAUGACAUUACCUACCUCAUAGGAUUGGUAUGAAGGGAGACAAACAUCGUCAUCACACUCCUGCCCUUGGAGAACUUGUCUAGUUAGGGGAUAAGUAGGAAAAUACACGGCGACAGUGGCUCCAGGUGAGAGCUACGCUGUUCAUUAGUCCAGCCAUGCAGGAACAGGGCUGGCAGGAGGGCGAUUCCAGGGGCAACGGCAAGAGUCCUUCUUCCUUAUGAAGGCAGAAUUCUCAGGACUUGGAUGAUUCAUUUGAUAAGGUAGUGAGGGGUAGUGGAAGAGGGAGGAAGUUAACAUGAAUACUUAUCCAACUCCUACGAUGUUAGGCCUUAGAGACUGAAAACCAAACAAAUGGCAUUGGCUCCUACCGGCAGGUAAGUGUAGCACUAGAUACAUGCAGAAGGCAUUGUGGGAGCUCAGGGUCUGGCCUCAGAAAUGAGGACUUAGGCUGUGGGUACGGAGUUGGGAAAAAUACCGAAGGUUGGCGGAACCCCAGCCCUGAGAUCUGCCUGUCUGCACCCAUCUCCCAGGUCCCAGGUUGCUGGCCCUGUUUGGGCAGCUCUGGGCACAGCCUGUUCACCCGAGGCCUGGUACCUGCCUUCUCCCUGGGUCUCAGCACUCACACGGGGCCAAUGCAGGAGCAUUACGUUAAUUAGUUAUUCAUUUAAUUGAACUUCACAUUUGGUCUCAAUUAAGCUUAAAAUGUACUUCCUUAUAGAUGUUACAAUAGCACUUGUAAUUAAAAAGCAAUAACUCUCUGCGUUUCUCUAGAGAUCCACUGGGAAGCUGGGCGAGUGUGUGUGGGGUGGCUUGGGGAGGAGGAGGAGGCAAGAGGCAAAGAAAAGAAAGGGAAAGAAGCUCUUGGUCGGUCCUAACACCAUGAGGCCACAACUAAGACUGAGGCUGGCAGGAGGAACUCAACACGUCCUGGGUGUCUGAGUGGGGGUGGGAGAGUUGCUGUUGGGAAUCCUGAGACGUGACAAAGGAGCAGACCUCCUACUGAAAGGUGUGGAGGUAGGGAGGGUGGCCGAUGGGGGUGGAAGGAGGCCAUGCUUAGAGUUACAGAAGGGGCCCUAUAUUCUGUGGUAGGUACAGUGUGCCCCCACAAGAUGUCCACAUCCUAAUUUCCAGAACCAGUGAAUGUUACCUCACAUGACAAAUGAGAUUUUUGCAUAUGUGAUGAAGGCUCUUGAGAUGGAAAGACUGAUGGGGUGGACCCAGCGGAAUCAGGGCUCCGUGUGAAUCAGAGGGAGGCAGGAGUGAUGGGGAUAGGCAGAUGCCACUUUGCUUAUCUUGAAGACUGAGGAAGGGUCCACCAGCCAGGGGGACGGGGGUGGCCUCUAGAAGGUGGCAAAGGCAAGGAAAAGGGUUCUCCCGAGUCUCCAAAGCCUUUCCUUUACCCCUUGAAACCCAUUUCUGGUUUCUGACCUCUGGAGCGAUAAAUGUGAAUUGUUCGAAACCAGUAAGUCUAUGGCAAUGUUACAACAGUAAUAGGAAAUUGAUAAUAUUCCCAGUGUAAAACUGGGGUAUGACCAGUUUAAAGGCAGGAAAAUAACCACAAGCAAACAAAAGAAAUCCCCAAAGCUUAAAACAAGUGAAGGGGCUGGCCUCGUAACAGUUAGGCACAGCGUAAGGGCUACUGUGUGACGACCUCACCCAGGAGUUCUCCGAGGGCAGGACUUGGACUAAAUGCACAGACUGUAUCAUCCCCAGCAUGAUGUGAUGAAAAUGAUUAAAAACACACUUUCUCAUUCUG